AGUUAAGAGAGGGAGAGCGAGUUGCAGGCAACGAGGAGAUUUAAACGACAAAAAUUAAGGACAUUUAUCUUCUUUAUAUUGCUAUUAUUUUGCAUCAUCUUUCCUCUUCUGCCUUUCUUCUCUCUUCCCCCCUUCCCCAAGGCACCUCUUAUUUUAUUGUUUUGGGGGAGGGACUCUUUAAAAAUUGUGCGGCAAAUUAGGGAGGGGGAUAAUUUCCAAAGGAAGCGAUUUUUGUAGCUUUGAAAAGGAAGGAGCUUUGGAAACAGACAAAUCUAUACCUCUGAAUGACUCUAUUGAUAUUAAAGGGCAAAAUAGGGGAAUUGUUUCUGCGGCAAAACUGGAAGGACUGAGACUCUUUUCUUCUAGCUUAUUUCUGCGAAAGAGGUUGGUCUCUUCCAGGCUUUGAGUUAGAAGGUUCAGAUCUCUAACCUCCUGCCACCUUCUUUAAACUUAAGGGGGCUCCCGCAGAAGCUGCAAGGAGCUACACUUCUUGUCCUCCCUCUCCAGGCAAGCAGGACUCGACCUAAAGAAGCGUGUGUGCAAGAGCGAGUGAAGUUGUGCAUCUCUUUUUGUGUUGGUGCUUGGUUGUUUUUGCCCUCUUGCCCUAGGCACGAGGGGUACCCGGGAGGCUAGCGCACAUUGCUCGAGGCUGCUUGCAGACCCUCUUUCCUCUUUGCCUGCCGCUCUUGAUCUUUUCGUCCCUCCUCCCUAUCGCUGUUGCUAUGGUGUCUGGGCUCUACAUGCUACUCUGGGCAGUGGCGACGGCGCCGGCGCUGCUGAGCCGGCUGGCGGCGGCGGUGGGGCCGGUGGUGCGAUGCGAUCCGUGUGACGCGCGGGCUCUGGAGCAGUGCAAGCCCAUGGUGCCGGAAUGCCCGGAGCUGGUGCGCGAACCGGGCUGCGGGUGUUGCUUAACCUGCGCUUUGCAAGAAGGACAGCCAUGCGGCGUCUAUACAGAGCGCUGCGGCUCCGGGCUCAACUGCCGGCCCCGAGGCGACGAGCCGAAACCUCUGCAGGCGCUGCUCGACGGCAAGGGGCGAUGCAAGAUCGUGACCGUCGACGCGGCAUCCGGCAGCAAUAGCAGCAGCAGCAGCGGGGUCCGUGACUUCCUCCUGCGCGGGGCCUACCGACCAGGGAAUUCCAGUGAAUCAGAUGAAGACCAGAAUAGUAGUAGUUCAGAAAACCAGUCUGUUCCCAGCACCAACAGGAUGUUAGAUUCCAAGGCACAUGUCCAUCAGAUCAAAAUAGAUGUCAUAAGGAAAGAAUAUGCCAAAAAUACCCAGCGUUAUAAGUACGAUUCGCAGAGCACAGACACACAGAAUUUCUCUUCUGAAUCUAAACAGGAGACUGAAUAUGGUCCUUGUCGAAGAGAGAUGGAAGACACAUUAAACAAUCUGAAGAUUCUGAAUGUUUUAAGUCCAAGAGGAUUGCAUAUUCCAAACUGUGACAAGAAGGGAUUUUAUAAGAAAAAGCAGUGUCGUCCAUCCAGAGGCCGGAAGAGAGGCUAUUGCUGGUGUGUGGAUAAAUAUGGGCAGCCACUCCCUGAAUAUGAUGGGAAAGGGAAAGGAGAAGUCCAUUGUUACAAUUUAGAAAGCAAAUAAGAGGAGGCCACUAUCUUCCAUGGAGUCUGUAUAUGGCAUCUUUACCAGUCAAGGCCUUGGAGUGACUGGGCUACAGCAUGGAAUGCAUUGGACUUGGGAAUUCUGAGUUUUGGCUCCUAUCUAUAUUGGGGAGAGUCAAUAGCUCUGGAUUCUGCAGCUGCAUCCUGCCACUGAUUCACUUUCUGCUUUCCAUAGAUUUAUAUAGGGAGCUCUGAAAUCCCAGAUAAAUCUGCACUAUUGAUCCCCAGAAUGAAUAAGAAUAGCAAAAAGAGGCACUUCAGAAUGGAUUCAGGGAGCAUCCACUCACUUUGGUUUUCGUUUUUUAAAUAAUGGCCUGUGACCAAUUUGAUCCCGAAAGAUAAUCAUGCUUUUAUUUUGAAGAAUUUGUAGACUGUAAUCAUUGUGAAGAUAUAGCUAUGACCCAACCCAAGCUAAGCACUUUUAAGUUACAUUGGCUAUCCAAAUAUUUAAACAUCUUCCAUUGAAAUAAAAGAAACUUACAUUGCAAUCUCUAAGCUUAAGAAAGAGUCCCAUUAAAUUCAGUGGGAAUUUAUAAUUGAUAAAUGUGUAGGAUUGUGCUAUUAAUAGUGCUUAUCUUGGCUGAAUCAAACUCAAGGUUUUAAACUAAGCUGUUUUUUUAUACAGGUCUUACAAGAACUUUAUUUCACGGGUAAAACAUGUUUUAUUAAAAGAAAAAGCUCAAAGAACUUUUAAAAGACACAUGUUUCUACUUGGUUAUUUUUCCUGUCAAAAUAUACUGUAUUAUGACUAUUCUGUUAGUCUGUAUUUAAUAUAAUUUUUUAAUAAAGUAUUUAAAUGUAACAUCAA